AUGACCCGACAGAUGCACGUCUCACUGCUUCUCCUGCUGCUGUUGUUUCUAUUUGUACAGUUGUGCAGCACGAGUGGAAUCCUCGCCGAGCCGUCGACUAAAGUUGUGUUGGAGUUGCCCCAGCAGGGAGAGAGCGCAUCGCGGGCGUACACCGUCGCCACAAAGAACCGAAAGUUUAUCCGCAUAAAUGCCUCAACACUGGACUUGAAAGAAGGUGAGUAUUGCACUGAGAAGGUGACGUUGAUCAAAAACCUCAAGGGAGAAAAGUAUGCCUGUGAAGCUGUUGAUUUUUUUACCGAUGAGAUGAUCUCCUCAUUUGUCGAGACCAUUAUUCCUGCUGCCAUUAAACUGCACGCGGAUCGUCUGCUCGUUGAUCCUGAGAGUGGUCCGUUGAUUGUUCCUGAGUUUAAUGAGACGAGUGUUUGCAGCAAGUUUACUGUUCCUACGGAACACCAUUCUAAGGGUGUUGAAAAUACUGACAUGGUACUCUAUGUGGCUGCCAGACCUGUGAAUAACAUUCAUGAAAUCUGCGCCAGAAAUGAUGCUGGCCGGCCGAUUGCCGGAGCGAUAAACAUCCUCCCAUUUCGAACAAAUUCGCAACGGUAUUAUGUUCGUGUUAUGGCACACGGCAUUGCGCAUGUACUUGGAUUUGACUAUAAUGUGUUUAAGAACAAUAGUAUGGUGGUUGAGAGCAAUUUUGAGAAAGGAGGAAAGCGCGUGCUGGUAAACUCAAGCAAAACGGUGAAGAAGGUACAGGAACACUAUGGUUGCAAUACAGCUCAGGGCAUGGAAUUGGAGUAUGAAAGAUGGGGAGAAGUGGGGGCAGUUUCAUCACACUGGAACUAUCGUGUUGCAAAGGAUGAUCUGAUGUCGUCUAGGUUUACCGUUGGCGGCAUGUACUACACUGCCUUGACGAUGUCUGUGUUUGAUGGACUACCAUAUUAUUCUGUUAAUUGGGAUAUGGCGGAGCCGAUGGCAUGGGGCAAUAAAUCCAAUUGUGAUUUGCUCGAUAAUAAUUUCGACAAAGUUACAUUUAUAGAAAAAUAUCCGAAAAUGUUUUGCAAAAGUGAUGGUUCGUACUCAUGCACAACUGAUCGCAGUGCACUUGGGGUCUGUGAUCCGAGUGAAUACUACCGUGACUCCACUUUCAACGAGAUACGUGCUGUUUUUGUGAGAGGAAGGUCAGAUAAUUCCGGUACCAGUGGAACUUUGUUAUGCUUUGCUGAAAAUACAAUCGAAAUGGAAGGGUCGGUCGUUGGCAAUGAUUCAUUCUGUUUGGAUACAGAUGAAUACACAAUAAGUGGUCGAACAGGUAAAUCCACUGGUGUGUGUGCACGAGUGAGGUGCGAGGGUAAUGAAGUGGAAGUGAUGUACGCCGGGAGUAAAGAAUGGCAUAAAUGCCCCGAAAACAGUACACUGAAUGUUUCCUCGACGCCAUUCGUAAGCAAGAAAAUCACGUGUCCCAAGUACAGUGAGGUGUGCACCGUCGCCCCUAACGGCAGCAGUCUCCGCCCGAUGGUUUACCCGUCAUGGUAUGAAGAAACUACCACGGCUCCGAACACUGGAGAAGAAGGAUCCACUCAAAAACCAAAUGAGACAGGUGGUGCAGAAAGUGGGAGUACCAACAGUAGUUCUGACAGCAGACCCUCGCAGGAUGAUCAGAAGGCGCACGACACUACCGGCGCCGAGAAGGCUUCAAGUGAAGACGCUGGUGCCUCUUCUUCCUCUUCCUCGUCAUCAUCUUCGACGUCAUCUUUGCCAUCCAGAUCUCGCCGUAACAGUGAGACAGACGUUGCCGUUCCGCCGACGACUGAGGGAAAAAUAAACGAGGAUAAUGUUACAUCUUCCCAAGUGCCAGGGGAGCUUUCGAUUCAUGUGGGUAUGGAUGGCGCCCCGGCUGCAGCCUGUGUUCUCCACGCUCUAUUUCUGCUGAUGGCUGCUGCUGCUGCUGCUUUGGCUGUGCCUCUGUGA